UUUGCAGUCGUCUGGGUAUAAAAGCAAAGGGGCUACGUUCUGGACACACAAUUUAUUUUCAGUCGGGCAAGUGUGUGUGAGUCAACAUUACUGUCAACAUGCGGGGAGUUACGUUGAUGGCGGUGGUGGUACUGAUGGUGUGCCUGGUACCUUCCAUCACAGGACAGUCGUUGGACUUACUGGGGGCUGGUACCGAGGAGGCUCUACAAUCGCUGGUCAAGCAUCUGCAGCCUAACGUCAUCCCACGGUUUGUGGGGUGCAUUCUUGAUGAGCCUCAAUACACGGAUUGUGACAAGAGAUCUAGAGGACUAAAACUACUGUUCCUGGCAUUCGACACCAGGGGUUUCGUGUGUGAUAACUGUUCGAAGGAGACCGUCUAUCAGAUGUGUUUAGUCCAACAAAGCUUGUUGACUAACUUGGAACAGUGUAACAAAUUGCGAACAGGUCUCAUUCUUGAAACAGAUAUCUGCGUACCCAAUCCGGAGUGUGCGAACGUCCCUAUUGCUGCUGAACUAUCCCAUCUGCUUGAAGGAAUUGCCUGAGUGUAACAGCAUCUUACUGUUAUCCUCAAAAGGAUCUGGUAAUUCAGUAUUAUCAAAGAAUUAUUAAGGUGUGUUAUAAUUAUGUUGAAAGUCUAAGAAGUGAGAUGUGAGACAUAUACAGACGGCAUGGUAAAGCUGAAGUAUGAUCUACUGUUUUAUAAAGAAAAUGUAAAAUUUAAGACAUGCAAAACCAUAAAGUCUAUAAUUAUCUUAAUAUGUUGCUUGUUUAUGACUUAUUAAUGUAAAAUUCAUGAUUACUUUAGCAUGUUGGUGGUAUAUUACCAUAAAGUCCUAGAUUCCC